AUCAUGGAAAACAUUACAGACUCCAUCUAUGGCAGCCGGAAAACCAUCUGUGUGGUCAGUCGCGAUUACCUGCAGAGUGAAUGGUGCUCCAGAGAGAUCCAGGUGGCAAGCUUCCGUCUGUUUGACGAGCAGAAGGACGUGCUGAUCCUGGUGUUUCUGGAGGACAUACCCAUGCAGCAGCUGUCUCCGUACUACCGCAUGAGGAGGCUCCUGAAGAGAAAAACCUACCUGAGCUGGUCCCGCGCAGACGCACACCCAGACCUGUUCUGGGAGAAGCUCCGGCAGGCCCUGGAGACACAGGAGCACCCAAUGGGAGAGCAUCUACGGCUCACCAUUGAGGACGGACCCCCUGGAGAGAGACAAGACCAGUCAAAGUUUUAG